AUGCUUGGCCAUAUUUUCAACGGUUCUGGAAAUCCCAUUGAUCAGGGUCCAAAAGUGUUUGCUGAGGAUUACUUGGAAUUAAUGGUGCCAGGAUACCCAAUCAAUCCUUACUCGCGCAUAUAUUCCGAGGAAAUGAUCCAGACUGGGAUUUCGACUAUCGAUACGAUGAAUUCAAUCGCUCGUGGACAAAAUAUUCCUAUGUUCUCUGCUGUCGGUUUACUGCACAAUGAGAUCGCAGCGCAGACCAUACGUCAAGCCUGUCUGGUGAAACGUCCCACCAAAGACGUCCAUGAUGGACACGAAGACGAUUUUUCUGUCGUGUUCGCAGCAAUGGGUGUUAACAUGGAAACCGAACGGUUCUUCAAAGAAGACUUUGUGUCAAAUGAUUCAAUUCGUUAA